AUGCCUCCUCGAAUCGCUCGCUCCGCGGUCGCUUCGGCGACAGCGUCGAGCUCGAAGAAGUCGAAGAACAAGAACAAGAAGCGUUCGCUCAACGCUUACGCUUCGGCCGCGAGACAGAUCCCGGAAAGUCGAAUUCCACGCCACCGAUUGGGCGAGGACCUUGACGAUGGUCCGAAGAAGAAGAGAAGUCGUGAAGAAGACGAGGAGGAAGAGGAUGACGAGGAGGAGCCACAGCGGAAGAAGCCUGCAAAGAGAGGUAUAGCCAAUACACACGACGAGAUGGAGCAUGGAAGUGAUAGCUCCGGGAACGAGUGGACCAUGGGUGGCAUGGCCGAGGAUGACGACGACAGCGAUUUGGACUCGGACGAGGCUUUUGGCGCUUCCGAUGAAGAGCGUUUUGGGAGCUUCACAUUCCGGGGCUCCUCGAAAAGCAAGGGCAAGGGAAAGAAGAAGGCCGCGUCGACCAGGAAUAUGGAUCUCAACGAGUGCGAUGGAAGCGAGAUCGACGAUGGCGACAGCGAGGAUGAUGUCGGGGAAGGCUUUGGAGACGAUGGAGUGGACUUGGCGACGAUGCUGGACGAUGACGAUGAAGAGGUCCUUGGAGGCAAGGAUACCACGAAGCAAGAUAUGGGCGAGGAUAGCGGCAGUGAAGAGGACGAUGAAGCUGAGGAGAGUUCGGAGUCAGAGUCCGAGGAUGACGAUAGCGAAGCUGGAGACGAGGAGCGAGCAGCUCGCAUGAGAGACCGACUCGAAGCCAUGGACAAAUCUUCUAGAAGCGCAAACCCUUCCACAGCCGAAGCCUUUAGCAUGCCCGGAUUCGACGACUUCGACGCGGACACUGCUCAAGCUCAAGAGGCGAUCACAUCAAAGUCCAAGAAGAAGGCGGCCAAGGUUGGGCCCAUUGCUGCUCCCCUACCGAAACGCCAGCAGGAUCGCAUCGAUCGUGAGGUCGCCACGCAGAAGGCGAAAGAGCAGCUUGACAGAUGGAAGGACACCGUCACACGCAAUCGUCGAGCUGAGUUCCUUUCGUUCCCUUUGCAAGAUCCCAAGGACCAAUCUGGAACUGUCGGCAAAGAGAAGUUCAUGCCGGCCAGCCAGCAAGUGCCACAUUCGGAGCUAGAGGAGAGCAUUCAGCGAAUCAUGGAAGAGUCAGGCUUGGCUGCUAGACAUGGGCAAGCCGAAGCUGGCGACGUCGGCGACGAAGAGCAAGCUUUGCUGAAGAGCGAGGAGCUGGCGACCAACAAGCUGCCGAUAGAGGAAGUCAUGCGCCGGCGAGCAGAGCUUCGCAAAGCUCGAGAGCUUCUAUUCCGAGAGGAGAUCAAGGCGAAGCGUAUCUCCAAGAUCAAAAGCAAGAGCUACCGAAGAGUACACAGGAAGGAGCGCGAAAGGAUGGCUGAACAGGAACGUCUGACUUUGGAAGGCAUGGGUGUCGAUCCGAUGGACGAAGACGAGAAGGAGAGACAGGAUCGUAAGAGGGCUGAGGCGCGGAUGGGCACAAAGCAUAAGGACUCAAAGUGGGCCAAGUCCCUCAAAGCUACUGGCAAGGCUGUCUGGGAUGAGGAUGCUAGAGAUGGCGUGAUGGAACAAGCGCGCAGGAAUGAGGAGCUCAUGAAGCGGAUGGCCGGCCGCGAUGUUUCUGACGACGAGGGCAGCGACUUCCACACGGGUGACGAGGACAACGAUGAUGGCGAGGACGACACUGCCACUCUCAAGAAGCUCGAUGGACUGAAGAGUGACAGCGGACCGACCAAAGGGCUCGCGGGCAUGAAGUUCAUGCGAGCUGCUGAUGAGCGAAGGCAGAAGGCCAACGAUGAGGACGUGGAGCGAUUGAGGAAAGAGCUCGCAGGUCGGGACGGGGAAGAUGCCGACAGCGAGGAAGAGGAACAGAGUCUCGGACGUGCUAUCUUUGGGCCUGCAAAGCAGGCUGCAAAAGCCCCGCCAAAGGAAGAGAGACUGGAGUUUGAGGCGCCUGAAGGUUCUGAUAAUGAUGACGACGCGCCUGGCGACGACCAAGAAGUCAACAUCGUCACCGAAAAGCCAUCUGGCAAAGAAAAGGCAGGUCUCAAGUCUCAGCCAAAGAAGAUGACCGCGAGCGGACCUCUUGCAUCAAGUUGGCUGAAAGACAUUGACGAGGAUUCAAAGCAGUCCAAGAAUGACUGGUUGCAGGCCCCAAAGGGCAAGUCAAAGAAGGCCAGGGGUGACGUCGAAGUGGAGAUGGACUUAAAUAUCGCUGCAUCUACAAGACCAUCGAAAGAUGCUUCUUCAGUCAGUGAGAAGCCAGCUGCCAGUCAAGCUGCGACUGCUGACACUUCCGGCUGGACGACGGUGACCUACAAAGGCGAUGCGAACGAUGGCGACUCUUCGGCAGACGAUGACCCUUCCAACCCCAUCCUGACGCCCGCGCAACAGAAGCAAUCUCUUCAGCAGCGCGCAUUCGCAGGUGACGACGUGCAAGCCGCAUUCGACGCCGAGAAAGAAGCUCUGAUCGCUUCCGAGGACGAGAAGGAGGUCUCCACUCACCUCCCAGGCUGGGGCAACUGGGCUGGCACUGGCCUCUCAAAGUCCGUCCGCAAAGCCAACGCUCGUGCGAAACACAACCCUCUGUUUAAAACGAAGGUUCCUGGUGGCGGCGUUAAAGCCGAGAACCGCAAGGAUCGCAACAUGGACAAGGUCAUCGUCAGUGAGAAGCACGAGAGGAAGGGCAAGAAGUACUUGGCUCCUGUCUUACCGCAUGUGUUUGAGACGAAGGAGCAGUAUGAGAGAGCGAAUCGUGUGCCUAUUGGUCCGGAAUGGACGACUAAGGAGACGCAUCAGAGAAUGACUAGGCCGAGGGUCGUGGUCAGGAAGGGUGUCAAUGUGCAAGCUCUGGAAAGGCCGGUUGCAUGA